AUGACUGAAGGAAGACCUAAAUUCGAGCACGCUCCUGAAGUUUCGUUUGAUGAAAUUGAUUACAGAAACCAUGCAGACUUGAAAGCUGCCCAGGAAUCAAUGCUAAAAGAGCAGUUUGUGAAAGUGGAGAUGGUGAAAUUUGUUAGAAAGGCGUUAGAGAAUUGCUUCAAGGUAAAUGGUCCUAAUGGUUACGAGGAGUGCAGGAACUUGGCUGAUAAAUACUUGGACAUGCUUCCUGAGUGCAGGGCACAGGGGUAUUUAGGCUACCAGAGAAAUGACCCCAAGAAAUAA